AUGUCGUUUCCAGCAGACCAUCAGUCAAGGAAACCUCCUUCCAACUCACAAUCUUUACCCUUGGAGCCCGAAGUUGAACCAACCGAUCCAAUCCUUCAAUCAGAAGUGCAAGAGAUAACUGAGGAGGAGUUCCUCACCAACCUCUCUAAAGUCCAAAGUUUGGCAUUGACUUGCUCACAAUUACGCCUCCCAAAAUCUAUCAGGAGAGAUGUCGACGGAAUGGUUCAGCGUCUCAAAGUUAUCAGCAAAGAUUACGAAGAAAACAAGUCCCUUGCCCUCCACGAGUGUCUCACCGUGAAAAUUGGAUCUGAACCUACCAUCAACCGCUCUUCGACUUCCGCUGCCCCCCCAAAGAGAAAAGGCAAGAAGAAAGCAAAACAUCCGCCUGUCUCCAUCACUUCUCAUAUUUCAACCUCCAAAAGCCGAUCAAAUGAAGAUUCGGCCCCCUCAAGACCACCAGACGACAAACUUGACCAAGAUGAAGAGCCAGGUUUAAGUACAAAUGAUACAUACAAUGAAUCAUCGUCCCAUGUUGGCCGUUCACCCAACGAAGGCAAUGAUGAAGAUGAUGAUAGUACUGAAGCAAACGGCAAGGACGAUGGAACGAAUCCAGAUCUCAAGAAUUCAAACACCUCAACCAAUCAAGUUCAACAAGAACCUACCCUUCCUUCUAGCGAUUCACCCAACCUCAACGCCGACGACUUCUCAAUUGUUCUCAAUGAAAGUUUCCGUAAAACCCUUCACGACACUACAUUAGAGCUUCAAAAGGGUCGAGUGACUAAAAGCAAGUGGCAAACAGGAUGGAACUCCAUUGAAUACUUACUGGGAUUUCGCCUCAACACAUUCACUUUAACAAAAACCCCAACAGCGACGUUUGUUUACAACAAAGCGGAGUUCAACUACGAAAAAUGGAUUAAAGAAAUUGUGGAUUCAAGUAAGUUUGGUGAUUGCUUCAUGUAG